GACCGCUCGUCCUCUCAGUCAGUCGCGAGAGGAAACUGGCUCGGAUCGCACCGCAUCAUCCUACCUGGAAAAAUAUGUUUCCUCCACCGCCUACCGUUAUCAGCGAGGAGAAAAGUCACGUAAAAGGAUCUACUACAGAGGACGUUACUUGUUUUGACCACUAAUUUGUGUUUUAAAGAAGAUAUAAUCCAGAUAGUGCCAAGUUAGGAAAAUGGCAAGGAUUGGAUAUUUUCAUUUCAGAGAGGUGGUGAACAUGGCGUCGUGGCGGCUGGUCUGUGUCCUGGCAGUGUGGACCUCUGUGUUGGGUCUGGCCCAGUGUUGUCCAGAGACCUGUAGCUGUCUGGAUAAAUACACCCACCAGUUCACUGACUGUGCCUACAAAGACCUGCUGUUAGUUCCCAUAGGCCUCCCCUCCAACGUCACCACGCUCUCUCUCUCUGCCAACAAGAUCAAACUCCUGAAGGCCAAGAGCUUUAUUAACGUCACCCAGGUGACCUCCCUAUGGCUGGCCCACAAUGAGAUGGUGACCAUCGAGAGGGACACUCUGGCCCCGCUGAAUCAGCUGCGAAACCUGGACCUCAGCUACAACAAGAUCAUCAGCUUCCCCUGGGAGGACCUGGCCAACCUCACCGCCCUUCAGCUGCUCAAGAUGAACAACAACGAGAUGAUCAACCUCCCUAAAGAUGCCUUCUCCACUCUCAAAGACCUGAGGUCCCUGAGGAUCAACAACAACAGGUUCACUACCAUCGUCCAGGGGACCUUCACCUCUCUGAACUCCAUGUCUCACCUUCAGAUCUACAACAACCCCUUCACCUGCUCCUGCAGUCUGGAGUGGCUGAGAGACUGGAUCACGGAGUCUACGAUCUCUGUCCCAGAGCAGGACUCUAUCGUCUGCGAGGCCCCAGAACAUCUGCAAGGGGCCCUGGUGACCAAGAUGCCCAAACUGGACUGCAAGGCCCCGACGGUGUCCAUCACCUACCAGCCAAACCUGGACAACACUGAGCUAUACGAAGGGUUUAUGGUGAUUCUCAACUGUGAGACCAAGGGCAACCCCAAACCAGAGGUCAGCUGGGAGGUGGUGAACGCAGGGAACCAGAAGUUCACAUUCAGUUUGCCCUCUGWGGURAGCGWGAAYAYRGACUCYCCKAUCAACGAUAAAASRACCAACGGCCGGUUCCUGGUCUUCCAGAACGGCACCKUGAUCAUCCCCCGUAUGAGCAAGAYGGAGGAUGGGAACUACAGCUGCUCAGCUGUCAACGACCUCGGUAAAGCAGACAGCACAGCGAAGGUAGUAGUGGCGGYCACCAAGAAACAAGCCACUAACUCCAUGCUGGACACCACAGUAGAUAAGAUCCUCCGUCRGUCUGGUGGAAACAAGCCGGGGCCUAAGAUGACCAACAACGUCAUCAACUGGCCCAAGUCRGACUCUGAGAAGACCAAGAACGUUCCAACUGGGUCGUCUGUUAAACACGCUGAUGGCUCAGUGCAGGCUGGCGAGGGCUCAGAGGAGCUGCCGUUUACCAGUAAGUGUGGCGUCAGCGAUGGCACUCAGUACAUCWCCAACCACGCAUUCAACCUCAGUCUGGACCAGCUGAAGCAGUACACCUUUGAUUUCGGCGUCAUCGCGUUGGAAGUGUCAGAGACCGAYGCCAAAGUGCAGCUCAACCCUCUGCAGCUCCCCAACAGUAAGGACAACCUUCARCUCAGCCACAACGAGAACCUAGAGACCGUCAACAAAGAYCCGUUCAGCCUCUAUCAAGCCUCAACCAAAACCCCUCUGGACAUGCUCUAUCUGUGUUUUAACACMGGUAAUGGACACUCUGUGGUGCAGUGGUCCCGGAUAGAGGAAGGGAUCAACGCCUAUAAGUUCCAGGGCCUACAACCAGGCACUAACUACACCCUGUGUCUGACCUACGGAGGGCAGGACUGUCAGGUCCAGGUAGUCUUCACAACCAGGAAGAAGAUUCCUUCUCUGUUAAUCAUAGUGAUGGUUAGUACCUUCCUGUUGGUGCUGGCUACAGUCCCUCUGCUGGGAGCCACCUGCUGUCAUCUCUUAAACAAGUACCAAGGAAAGACUUACAAACUGAUCAUGAAGGCAGCGCAGAAGAACACAGAUCAGAUGGAUAAACAUAUGGUUGGAGGUGAUUUCGACCCCCGGGCGUCGUUUGUGGAGUCGGAGAAGAAUUCUAACCCAAGUGAGAUAGAAGAAGGAGAGGGGGAGGACGGACAGGACAGGGAGGAGGUGGAGGGGAGUGUGGUUACAGAGUCUAUCCCGGGUUCUACAUUCAAAUUUGAGGUGGGUUCGGAGUACAGCGAUAGAUUAGCAUUGGGCGCUGAGGCGGUGAAUAUCUCUGAGGAUGGAAACGGUAACUACAAAGAGCCGAGUCGCUGAGCAGAGCCGUGUGAUGCUAUCAGAGGAGAGAGAGCUUGUAAAAUAGUUACUUUCAACUACAUUUUAAACCAGGUAACUCACAGAUCAUUAUUUCACAUAAAGAAGAUAGCCCUGAUGAAGGGGGAUAGCUCAUUUCACCUCAGAAAGUAAGUAACCCGUUAUACCCCAAAUAAGAGAUUGUCAAAAUGAACAGUUGUGAAUACUUACUGUGCAUUCGGAAAGUAUUCAGACCCCUUGACCUUUUCCACAUUUUGUUACGUUACAGC